GAGGAAGACUAGCGCAGGGCCGCUCGGAAACCCUCGGGCAGCCUCGGACCUGUUCGGAUCGGAUCGGCUCCGCACUUCGGGGCCGCUUCGGCCCUCGUCGGUUCUGGACUGUCAGCCGUCAGCUUGACUCGACUGGGCCGCUUCGUAUCGGUUCGGCCCCUGUUCGGGAGGCUUCGGCUCGGCUCGGCUCGGCUCGGCGGGCCGGCUGACCUCCUCCAGCUGCGCGCUUCGGGCGGCAGCGCGGGCUUCGGGUGGCCCCGGCCGGCGCCUUCGGGCGGGCUCGGCGGAGUCCGGAUGGAGGACUCGGACGCGGCCGCCAAGCAGCUGGGCCUGGCCGAAGCGGCGGCGGUGGCGGCCGCGGCCGCUGUGGCGGCGGCGGCCGCGGCCGCGGCGGGAGGCGAGGCGGAGGAGCCAGUGCUCAGCAGGCACGAGGACUCGGAGGAGGACGGAGACUCGGAGGCGGAGCGCGAGACGCGGCGAGUGACGGCUGUGGCGGUGAUGGCCGCCGAGCCCGGGCACAUGGACCUGGGCUCCGAAGCCCUGCCGGGCCCCGACGAGGCCGCCGCGGCCGCCGCCUUCGCAGAGGUGACCACUGUGACGGUGGCUAACGUGGGUACCUCCGCAGACAACGUCUUCACCACGUCCGUGGCAAAUGCAGCCUCCCUCUCAGGACACGUUCUGUCUGGCAGGACAGCCCUUCAGAUUGGGGACAGCCUGAACACUGAGAAAGCCACGCUGAUCGUGGUGCACACAGACGGCAGCAUCGUGGAGACCGCCGGGCUGAAGGGCCCCACCGCCCCCCUCACCCCAGGCCCCCAGUCUCCCGCAGCCCCCCUCGCCCCCGGCCAGGAGAAGGGAGGCACUAAGUACAACUGGGACCCGUCGGUGUACGACGGCGAGCUGCCUGUGCGCUGCCGGAACAUCAGCGGCACGCUGUACAAGAGCCGGCUCGGCUCAGGAGGCCGGGGGCGGUGCAUCAAGCAGGGGGAGAACUGGUACAGCCCCACGGAGUUUGAAGCCAUGGCGGGAAGGGCCAGCAGCAAGGACUGGAAGAGAAGCAUCCGCUAUGCAGGCAGGCCGCUGCAGUGCCUCAUCCAGGACGGGAUCCUCAAUCCUCACGCUGCCUCCUGCACCUGUGCCUCCUGCUGCGAUGACAUGACCUUGAGCGGUCCUGUCAGGCUCUUUGUCCCCUACAAAAGGCGCAAGAAGGAGAGUGAGCUGCCCACGACACCCGUGAAGAAGGACUCCUCCAAGAACAUCACACUGCUUCCCGCCACGGCCACCACUGCCUUCACCGUGACCCCCUCAGGGCAGAUCACUACCUCCGGCGCACUGACCUUUGACCGGGCGUCCACCGUGGAGGCCACCGCCGUCAUCUCAGAGAGUCCGGCCCAGGGCGAUGUCUUUGCUGGGGCCACAGUGUAUCCCAGACAUUGUCUUGCAACAGUUCAGACUCACCCUGUUUCUGGGGCUCGGGAGCCACACAUGGCCAGAAGCCUAUUGGGUGGUGCAGCUGUGGGCAGUCUGAGGUCUAAGAUCUGUGCAGCCACCCUGGGUCUCGGCUGUCUCGCCCCUUUCCUGAUAGUUCAAGAAGCAGGGGUGCAGCCCCCGUGCAGGGUCGGCCACCCGGAACCCCACUACCCAGGGUACCAGGACAGCUGUCAGAUCGCACCGUUUCCAGAAGCUGCACUGCCAACGUCUCAUCCUAAAAUAGUGUUGACUGCCCUGCCGGCCCUGGCCGCACCCCCCUCCACCCCUACCAAGGCUGUCUCUCCUGCGGUGGUCAAUGGGCUGGAGAUGUCGGAACAGCGGAGUUGGCUGUACCUGGAAGAGAUGGUCAACUCCCUGCUCAGCACAGCACAGCAACUCAAGACGUUGUUUGAACAAGCCAAGCAGGCCAGCUCCUACCGAGAAGCCGCCGCGGCCCAGGCCAGAGUCCAGGCAGACGUUGAGCGGAAAGAGCAGUACUGUGUCAACUGCGGCCGAGAGGCCAUGAGCGAGUGCACGGGCUGCCACAAAGUCAACUACUGCUCCACCUUCUGCCAGCGCAAGGACUGGAAGGACCACCAGCACGCGUGUGGCCAGGCAGCUGCGGUCACGGUCCAGGCGGAUGAGGUCCACGUUGCCGAGAGCGUGAUGGAGAAAGCGGCCGUGUGAGGCUGCGGGGCCACCACAGGCCGCGGGCCUGCAGAGGACUUUGUGGGACGCUGAGGACGUGGGACCUUGCUGGCCAGCUUACGGCGGACUCUAAGUGGCCCGUGCCCUUGGCAUGAGCUUCUGCCGCCCAGAAGCUGAGGGCGUUGGGGCAGCGCCGGCUGGCCCAUGGCGCCUUCUCACGGUGCUCUUUUUUAUCCCUUGGAUCAUGGGCGUCUGGUCUGACCCACAGGCGUGUUGUGUGCUGUAACACACGUGUACAUACAUGUGUCUGUCAAUAAAGUUGAUGUUUCCCUGCCCACCUGGACGGGCGAUUCCA